UGGACGUGCCCGCAGGGCGGCGAGAAGCUGCAGGACGCCUACUACAUCUUCCAGGAGAUGGCCGACAAGUGCUUGUCCACGCUGCUGCUGCUCAACGGGCAGGCGGCCUGCCACAUGGCCCAGGGCCGCUGGGAGGCCGCCGAGGGCGUGCUGCAGGAGGCGCUCGAUAAGGACAGCGGCCACCCAGAGACGCUCAUCAACCUCAUCGUCCUGUCCCAGCACCUGGGCAAGCCCCCUGAGGUGACUAACCGAUACUUGUCCCAGCUGAAGGACUCUCACAGGUCCCACCCCUUUAUCAAGGAGUACCAGGCCAAGGAGAACGACUUUGACCGGCUGGUGCUGCAGUACGCGCCCUGAGGGUGCCCUCCCCGCCUGCCGUCGCCCUGCCCUCUCUCAGGGCCAGAAGCGUGGCGCCGGGGCCCCCACCUCUCAAUAAACGCCCCACCGCCAGGGCACCCCCGCCCGA